AUGGAGAAGUCACCACACGGGGGUCGGAUCGUAGUACUUUCCAGCCCUGGAGUCAACCUAAUGUCCUCACCUAGACCCUUCUACCUAAUGGCUGGUUGCGGAAAGGCGGCGCUUGAGUACUUGACCCGGCACUAUGCACUCGUAUUGGCCCCCAAACGUAUCACGUGCAAUGUGGUGAUCCCGGGUAUUACAAAGACUAAGGCGUGGAAGGAAAUAGACCCAACGGAACUUGCCGAAAGACGGUGUCUCAUGAAGGAAGUCAUCCAACCGGAGGAUGUCGGAGCAGCACUGGCAUUUCUCGUCUCCCCAAAAGCGCGUUUUAUCACCGGUGCGUUUCUACCAGUGGAUGGGGGACUUAUGUUUGUGUGA